CAUUGCAUGAGCACUGCUAGCCAGUAGAAGAUGACGAUGAACUAACUGUUGCAUGUCAAAAGCCUAAGCACUCGAGUCAGAAGGAGCACUACCAUGGCAUAAUGAAGCUAGUUUCUUCUUCGUCAACUCUAUUCCUUGUUGUUGCCUCCGCAGCUAUCAUUCUCUUGGCAAGGGCGCAAGACGAAAAUGUUACCGAUCCCGACAUCAUCUUAACGGUUCCCCCUCUCGACAGUAAUGUUACCGUUGCCCCUGUGGCCAGUGGUCCCCCCACUCCUCGUCCAACUUUGGCCCCUACUUGCGCCGUCAACACAGACUGUCCCGGAGGUCAAUUUUGUUCCAGUAGUUCUGGAAACUGCGAGCUUAUAUCUUGCAUUAACUGGUCUGCUGGUACUCCUAGGGAUGAAACAUCCUUUAGUGAAGAGCCUUGUAUUGCUGAUGGAGCCGAGGAGGGCACUGCGUUUUGCGGUUGGGACGGCAGUUGUUAUUCCUACUCUUGUGAAAACUGGUACCAAUUUGGCCCUGUUGAAUUUACCAGCUUCGAUAUCAACAAUCCUGUUCCAUUGGCAUGUGAACUGUAUUCCACAGGUGCAGAAGAAAACGCCAACUCGGUUGUUUUUGGAUGCCGACCAUAUCAGCCAGGUAGCAAAGCCCCAGAAACAGCUACCUGGACUCAUUUCUUCAACCAGAAAUGUUCGUCGAGGCCACGAGGCAAUGAUACCUUUACAUGUUACCAAAACACUCCCAGCACGGACUACACGGACUUUUUGGCGGAGGUCUCUAAUCUCAACCAACAAUCUUGUAACAGAGAUUUCUAUGACAAUGAGCAGCCUCUCUACUGGUAUAUUCUGCAGGUACAACAGGAUCGAAAAGGAGCAGUCAUCAAGCACAAUCAUGGCCGACAAAACACUGCUAGUUCAGCUUCCUUUGAUGCCAGUGCUGCGGUAACCACAUUGUUUGCCCAGUUGAUUAGUAGUGAUGACCCACCUCCUCAACCGGUUCCGAUUCCCACUGAUGCACCUCAAGAAAGUGAUGGUGCCUUGCCAAGUUGUGAUACCGUUUUGUGGGCUGUUGUGGCAGUAGCUGCUGGUGUAGUUUGGUUUCUUUAGUACCGGCAGAUAAAGACGGAACAAGAGAAUAUUAUAUGCACAACUAGAGAUGUUUUGCUAUUUUGCUGUUUUCGUUAU